UGAGGGGAGAAGCCUGUGCAUGGACAUUCUGUAUUCUACUUUUCCCUUUAAUAAUUCAUGCAUGGGUCAACAAAUUUUGCUAGAAGGCGCCAGGCCAGAGCCAAGUACUUUGUGCUGGAAGACACACUUUUGGGACCCAUCAUGUCCGACAAACCAGAUUUUGCAGAAAUUGAAACAUUUGACAAGACCAAGCUGAAGAAGACAGAAACCAGAGAGAAAAAUCCACUGCCCACUAAAGAAACUAUCGAACAGGAAAAGCAAAGUGAAAGUACAGCCUGAGUAUAAAUUCAAGAUGUGACUGCUGCUUCUUCAGUGGGGUUUUGGCUUCUGAGUUGGGUUGUUGUUUUAUUUUGUCCCUCCCACACCAUUUUCGUUGCCUGUUUAUUUUAGAAACAUUUGUUCAUUUAAUGUUCCCUGGAGAAGUUUAUUUUUUUUGAAGAAGAUACUAUGUAUUCGUAUUCUUAAAAUUAUAAUUCCAAGUUCUCUAUCAACCCCAUUACUUGGCAAAAAAAAAAGGCAAUUUGCAUAGAAAUUGUUUUCCUAAACCUCACAAUAAACAGGUUUCUUCUGA